AUGAGCUCGGCCUUGUGGGAUAAUUUAUUGCAGAGGGUACGUGGGCCUUUGUUUAUUCCAGGACGAGGAUUUUCUAGUGUGGGCGUUCCCAAAGCAUAUUUUGACAAAGGAGCUGCAACUAUCAACAGCUUAGUUUAUGCAAUAGCUUUGAGAUCUGCCGCAGUUUUAUGUGAAGCCGUUGGCAGGAAGGACACUGCAAAUGAAUACUUUGAUAGAGCUAGUGCUAUCAUUCGGUCCGUCAAUGAACAUUGCUAUGAUAACAAGAAGAGUCUGUAUCUCGAUGGACCCGGCGCUAUUGGAGAGAGUUCACAACAUGUCCAAAUUUUUGCAGUACUUGCUGAUGCUAUAAGCGGAGAGUCAGCCAAAGAUCUAAUGAGAGAGACUAUUUACGAAAGAGAAGCAUUGACAAAGGCAUCAUUCGCAACUUCCUUCUAUAUGUUCCGAGCUGUUGCUAAAGCAGGAAUUUAUGAAGAAGUUUGGGAGGAGUUGCUAGGCCCAUGGAAGAAGAUGUUUGACCAGAAUCUGACCACUUGGGCAGAAAAUGAAAGUAUGGUCAGAAGUGAUUGCCAUGGAUGGAGUGCAACUCCAAUGUACGAGAUUGUCAGGGAAAUCGUUGGCAUUCAAUAUCCAACCACAGAAGAUAGCGACGGAUGUCUAACAACGGUUAUUAAACCUAGAUGUCCUAGAUGUGAUUUGGUAGAGCAAAUGAGAGGGACAUUUGUGGUUGCAGGAGGUGGAAGUGAAGAUGUUUCCUGGGACGAUUCCGGAACAAUCAGAAUUCUUGGUUCGAGUGAUACGCGGGUUCAGCUGGUAUUAAAAAGAGUCACUCAUGGUAUCAAACUUCUAGAAGGCGUGGAGCAAUCUUUCAAGCUACAAAAAUAG